CUUUACAUUCAAAAUAUAUAUCGCCAAGCAUCACCAGCCACACGAGAACGGUAUCCAAGGAAUCGCAUCUGAACGGUCGAAAGCAGCGCAAUUGGGUUAGAGACAACCACAAUUGGAUUUCCAACAAUGUUUCCCACACUUAUGCGAACGGCUGGCGCGAGCCCAAUUCCUCCCCAAUUACGAAAGCCAAUGACCGGCGUCUACAACAGUCGUUUCAAGCCGAAGAAGAUCUGGCCGCCCGAUUUCUCAAAGCUCACCCAGAAGGAACAAUUCCGCUUCGAGAGGAAGUACAAGAGACGGGUGAAGCUCGCAACGGCACGACCAAGAUGGGAUAAAUAUGUCAAGAUGGCACAGUUGUUCUCUAUCACAAGUGUCGUUAUUUAUACUAUUCUGUUCAUGGACUGGAAUACAGAUCCCCAACCCUUCCAAGCAGUGAGGAGCAGGUUCUGGAGCGCGGUGGAAGCCUUCUCCCCUACAAAGAGAUACGAGCGACGGAAAUCAGAAUGAACCACGACACACCUUGUAUAUCACAAAACGCUGUAUCGCAUCAUGUGGAGUUUGGGCUUGGACAAGAAUACCCGUUUGAUAUAAUGUAUAAGCACCUAAUGGUUGAACA